UUUUCGCAGUCAUUCAAACGCAACCAGCCAGCAGCCGUCGUCGUCGCCAUCAUUCAUCAUUUCGAUUGCGAGGAAGACCUUCGGGGAGGAGAAAGAAAAUUGGAUUUUCAAAUCCACCAAAAAGCACACCGCGCGACGUGCCGUGAAUUCGAGUAAAGUGUUUCGCCUCGUUUACGUGCAGAAUCUCUGGUAGAAGUCGCGUGUGGGAACGGAACGAAUAAUCUGGAAUUUGGUCGGUGAAAAUCUCGUUUUUGGGCUAGAGAGAGGAGGAAAAGUCUCGGCCUGCUGCUGCGUGCGCGAGUAGGAAAGAAACAAAAGAGGAGGACACACAAAGAUGGCUGCGCUGCCCCGUAGAAUAAUCAAGGAAACCCAGCGCCUGAUGCAGGAACCCGUGCCCGGAAUCAGUGCCGUGCCGGAUGAGCAGAACGCGCGUUACUUCCACGUGAUCGUGUUCGGGCCGGAGGACUCACCGUUCGAGGGUGGCCUGUUCAAGCUGGAGCUGUUCCUGCCGGAGGAUUAUCCGAUGUCGGCGCCGAAGGUGCGCUUCAUCACCAAGAUCUACCACCCAAACAUUGACCGGCUGGGCCGGAUCUGUCUGGACAUCCUGAAGGACAAGUGGAGCCCGGCGCUGCAGAUCCGUACCGUGCUGCUGUCGAUUCAGGCCCUGCUCAGUGCACCCAACCCGGACGAUCCGCUCGCCAACGACGUCGCCGAGCUGUGGAAGGUCAACGAGGCCGAAGCGAUCCGGAACGCCAAGGAGUGGACCCAGCGGUACGCGAACGUGGACAACUAAAGCGGUUCCCCCCGUCCGGAGGGUGGUGAGGGGAUGAAAAGGGAGAUUGUGUGCGAGAGAGAGAGAGAAAGUUCUACUAAAUUAAUUUUAUAAAGCAAAAACACAAGCGAAUUAAACCCGAAUCCUUCGAACUCCAUCGGACAAAACGACUUCGUCUUCGCCAAGUAAGCAGAAGCAGCCUGCACCGUAAAACGGGAACAAAAACAUCUCCCCCGCGCGCGACCUACAGCGCAAACAGCUGAAAGUUUAACGCGAUAACAAAGGAAAAUCGAGCCAGCAGCGAAAUAAUUGUCCAGCAAAAGCGCAGCACAGUUGCUUUGCUCUGUCCGUUGUUGUUUCAAUUGAUUUUUUCUGCCCGUUCCUUUCUUGUGCUGCGAGCUGUUUGUGUGGUGUCUUGCCUGCUGCUGCUGCUGCUUUUUCACCGUUCCUUUCGAGAAUGUUCAUCAUCCGCCGUCAUCGUUGGCAGUCGGUUCCAGCCGUUGCGUAUCGGAAAUCGAAGAUUGUACAACUCCAACCCCACACAAUUCCGGUUCAUUUGAGUAUGUAGCCAGUGUCACACCUCUCUCUCCUGUCCUGAAAAAGAAAAUCAAGCCUUUUUUGAUCUGCUGCAUCGGUCUAGUUGUAAUCUUAACGUAUAACUUAUUUCUCAAUAAAAAAAAACCGCAAAACGCUGAAAAAAAAAUCGGAAAAAAAUAAAAUCAACUCUGCUGUGUUAAACCAACAACAAGAAUUAUUUCAGCAAAAAACUAAUCUGAAUCGCCUUAUUUGUGGAUCUUUUUCUUUCAAAACUUUCUCUCUCCCAUACAAAUUUCUCUCGAUCAAAACAGCUUCUAAACCGUACACGUGCGUGUGUGUUUGUGUUUCUGUCUGCCAGGCUAGUGUUUCGGCUUAUUUUUCUCGUACGCGCGCCCUCGAUUGAGUUUCAUUUUCACUCAUUUUCUCUGGAAAUCGAAGCAGAUAAAACAAAA